UCUGCAGCAUGCGUUCUUUUGAAGAAAGGGAAAAUCGAAUUAGCCUUAAUCAAAAGAAUAAAAAGGGCAUCUGCAGUCAGUGGUCAUAAAAAGGGGAAGGAAGUGCAAAGAGAGACCAUUUUCCAAACACCACCUCGUCAUUCAUUGUGCUCUAAAUCUCCUUUAACUCAUAAUUUUCAGGCAGGCGCAGGCGCAAUAGUUACACCCAGCAGCACCUGAUAGUAGAAGCGGGAAGUGGAAUGACUCAUUGAGAAACGGUCUGUCUCGGCCGUAGCGUGCAGAGAACAAAAGCUUUCCAACCGACGGUGCUCCGCUACCAGCCCCGAUGGGUACAGCGCCACUGUGGGCAGUUCUGCCGCCCCUCCUGAUGAUACUGUCACAAACAUCAGGUUUGGACAGCCAGGAUGCUUCCGACCUUCGACGCACUCGAAACGAUCUGUCCCCACAGGUCAGGCAGCAUCAACUCGACCGUAAAAAAACAUUAUCCUUUCUCAGACCACGGCAACCUAAAUACAUCCUUGACCAGUGGCCUUUGUCAGCUGUUGACCACAGACAACAGAAAAAGUUAAAGCACAGAAUGUUUGUCCGACAGCGCCGGGGAUCCCAUCAAUACGACGUACCCCAGAUUGAGUGCCCACCAGCAGAAGAUGGAACUGAUAGAUUUGCCUGCCCCACCCCUGACAGAAUGAGUCGGUACCGAUGCAUAGAUGAUCACGAGCUGUGUGAUGGUUUCAUUGAUUGUCCACAAGGGGAGGAUGAAGAUAGACAAGCUUGCAUGUUUUACAAGACGACGAAAGUACAUCUCGAUGUAUUGGCUGAUGCUUUAUUAAGAUGGGCCCGGGGACGCUAUUAGAAAGAGAGAGAGAACGUUCCAGAUGAAAAUCCAUUCUUCGGGUUAUUGCCCCAACCAAGAUUACAACCGUGCUUUUUUAAAUUUAGCCUCGGACUCUUGUUCUGUUUUUCAUUUACCACUAAUAGGGGGAACUUAUCUUUCAAAAUUGCAAAAUUAAAUAAUAUUUCUGUAUAUUUAACCGUUAGGUUACAAUUCUUUUGAAUUUUUUUUUUUUUGUUUAUGUCAUCUUCUUCAGGACAAUUAGUGCGUUGUAUGUCCGGCUGAACUCUCUGCCUACAAGGUCACAGUCUGCCACUAGACAAUCCACAAAACCUUUUAAACUCUAUACAUUCAAAUGUUUUUGUAUUUGUUGUGUCCUCAUUUGCCUCUUAUGUCUUAGGUUGUGUUUCUGUUAUUAAAGGCAAGUAAAAUAGUUUAAAAUCUAAUUCUAAGUCACAAGUCAAGCACGAGGAAACUUCUCUUCCUUUACUUGUCAUAUGCGCAUAUCUAGAAAAUAUAAUAGUUCCCUGUUUUUUGUGAAUUUUAGCCCAAUUACGAUACUUUCUAUUUUAAUACAAAAUAUACAGGUUACCAGAAUUUUAGUUUAUUAUAUCGCCUGUGAACUUGUUUUUUCUUUUGUUAGUUGGCAUUCCUAGCAUUUGACUCUCUCGUCAACAGUUGUCUGGCACUCGAUUGAUUAUCACCAGAUUAUUCACAAAAAGAAGCUCUCAUUCAGGGUGCUACAAAUAGGUAAUUAAUGCUGGUGUUGUAUGUUUAAAUGAAAGUUGUUAACUGUUGACGAUAUGAUAUUCACUAUUAAACUUACAAAGAA